GAGGGGGAGACUUAGCAUUCUCUAUUGUCGUCUUUUAACAAUAAUACCGAUUUUAAAACAGUUUUAUUAGUGUUAAAAUUACGUAACAACAACGUUCAACGUUUAAUUUAUUACAAUUAACCGGUCUGAAGUGUUUUCCUUGUGUGCGAAUUGGCGAAUUUUUGAAAUGGAUAUUAGCUGGCCAGCUAGCUGAUAAACCACCUAGCUUUAAAGCUAGCACCAAACUUGGGAAACUAGCCGAAACUCUGGUUUUGUUUUAUUUUAUUUGAAAUUUUCGGACUGUUACGUUAAUUAUCUUAAUAUCGGUUAAUUAAUAUUUGUUUUUACAAUUUUUGGUACAACCAAUACCGAAGUAGUUACUCUGUCCUCGGAAAACAGAGGGAAAGGAGCCGCGGUCUUUUCGCCUCCUCCUCUGGUUUACCAUGCUGCCGAGUUCGCAGAAUCAGCUGGAGUUGUCUAACCAGCAGCAACAACAACAACAACAACAACAGCUAAAUUUACAACAAAACCCAAUUCAGUUUCCACAAUUUCACAGCAAACCACUUCAGAUCAAGAAAAAUGCCAUAACGGACGACUAUCAGGUCACCAACCAGGUUCUCGGUUUGGGCAUUAAUGGGAAGGUGUUGGUAUUGUGGAAGAAGAAGUCCGGGGUGAAAUAUGCUCUCAAGAUUCUGCAUGACUGUCCCAAAGCCAGACGCGAGGUGGAGCUGCACUGGCGGGCGUCUCCCUGCCUUCACAUCGUGCGCAUUAUAGAUGUGUACGAGAACCUCUACAAGGGCAACAAGUGCUUACUUAUUGUUAUGGAAUGUAUGGAGGGAGGGGAGUUGUUCAGUCGGAUUCAGGACCGUGGGGACCAGGCAUUCACAGAGAGAGAGGCUUCAGAUAUCAUGAAAAGUAUCGGAGAAGCCAUCCAGUUCCUGCACGCCAUGAACAUAGCACACAGAGACGUCAAGCCAGAAAACCUCAUCUACUCUUCAAAACUUUCCUGCCCCGUCCUUAAACUCACAGACUUUGGGUUUGCCAAAGAGACAACUACACACAAUUCACUGGCUACUCCAUGCUACACUCCGUACUAUGUUGCCCCUGAAGUUCUCGGUCCGGAAAAAUAUGAUAAAUCCUGUGAUAUGUGGUCUUUGGGCGUCAUCAUGUAUAUUCUGCUCUGUGGCUACCCACCUUUCUACUCUAAUCAUGGGCUGGCUAUUUCUCCUGGGAUGAAAAAGAGGAUCCGAAUGGGACAGUACGAGUUCCCCAAUCCUGAAUGGUCUGAAGUGUCAGAAGAAGCCAAGCAGCUCAUCAGGGCAUUGCUGAAAACAGAGCCCACGCAGAGAAUGACCAUCACAGAGUUCAUGAAUCAUCCUUGGAUUAAUCAAUCGAUGGAAGUGCCACAGACCCCGCUGCAUACCAGUCGUGUGUUAAACGAGGAGAAGGACGCCUGGGAGGAUAUCAAGGAGGAAAUGACCAGUGCCUUGGCCACCAUGAGAGUGGACUACGAGCAGAUUACGAUGAAGAACAUAGAAGAAUCCAUCAAUCCACUGCUGCUGAAGAGGAGAAAGAAGGCCAACAUAGCAGCUGAGAAUCAGACCCUGCCAUGCUGAGGACACAGUGUUUGUUUCGACACACAGAUGCGCACGCGUAUAGUAUAAAAAGGCAGCAAUACUUCACAGAUUGAAAUGUUCGAAUGAACAGAAAAAUUCUAUUUUAAUCUUUCGUUUUACUGAUUUUUGAUUUUAUUUUUUUAUUACUCUGUAACUAACUCUUCUGCACCUUGUUAAGGCAUUCUGAUAUUUGGAGAGCGGAUUAUAAAUUAAGGAAUGUGUCUGUGGUUGCAUUGCAAUUACUGUUUUCUCACAUGUUGGUUUGGUUUCAAUUCAAAGAGAAGUAAACUUUAGACUUUUUCACUUUCCUUCAAUUCAACCUUAGUAAAUUCUCACCUUGUCACUCGUCACCAAAACGUUGUGUUUUCUCAUUUGUUAUGGAUGUGCAGAGCAUCACAUGGUCCCCUGGUUGUAUUUCUCAGUGAUUAAACUGGCAGAGAAACUUUCUCAUGAAGUGCGUCCACUCUUCCACUUUACCCCCCCCCCCAAACACACACACACACCUCUUUCUCAGAAACACCCCUGCACUUGUAUGCUUGUAUGUUUAAAUCUCUAGUCCCAAACGAUAGCGACGUGCAGACUUGUUCAUGAAAUGACUUGCCGAAUGUAGACGAACUGACUGUAAAGCUCUUCUCGUACACUGCUGCUCGACAGACAGUCAUUUAAAAGGUUCGGAUUGUUUUAGUUAGGAUUUCGUUUUUAGUGGCCCGUGUUGUUGAGGUUAUGUUAUUCAACACGUGAAUGAAACUCCAACACAUUUUAUGCAUCUUUUACCUUUACAAUACCUUUUUUUCAUACCGUUUGUAUUUAUGUAACCGAUUCUAGUUUUUUCGUUGUUUAAAACUGUUGGCCAGUGUUAAAAUAGUUUAAAAUAAUGUAAGAUACAACCUCAUUCAAGUAUUAAAAAAAAUCUAGCUGCGUUCUUUCCCCCGGCUAUGCAUUUUCUCCUUUAGCGCGUCAUGCUUCCUCACCACCAAUGCCGAUUCCCGCUCUAUUUGAGGAGAACGAAGCUAACCCACGCCCCCUCCGACACGUGGGCAGCAUCUGUAUGCAUUUUGUCACCUACACUUUGACGAGUGCAAUGCAGAUCAGCACUGUGUACAGAGACACACCCUGACAGGCCCCAUCAAUCAGCCAGCAGAGCUUGUAAUUGCAUCAGUUAUGAGAGAGUCCCUAUCCGGCUUUAAUAUCACACCCCACCUGAACAACAGGCCAAUCGUUGUUCAUGUGGCUGUUCAGCCCAGCCGGCAGGCAGAGCCGAGAUCCGAUACGAUGUAUUCGAGAUCCCAGCUCUGGUGUUCAGCGUGUGUUUUACCGCUGCGCCACCUGAGCGGCUCCGGCUAUGCAUUUUAAAUAAGCACGCACCUACCGUUUCAGAAUCAACCCGCUACAUAAACACUUCUCCAAACGUUAUGCAGUUUUUAUGUGCCUUUGUGUCGUAGGAAUCAGGUAUUAAAACAAAACGACUCACCCGAUGCAGCAUCACGAGUUUCACAGUGGAGUUUACUGUAUCUUUUUACACACAAAAUAUUUCUGUAUCUGGAGCACUGACGAACAUUGUGUGAAUUUUUCUUCAAUACAAAAUAUAAUCAUUUGAAAAGUAUGUGUUAAGUGCCGAGUUGAAGCAGUGUACUGCUAACCCCCAAUCAUCCAAAGGAUUUCUGUGCUGCUCUCCCUUUCUUUCUGUUUUGCUGUCUGAAAUUGCAAGUCUUUUUGCUCAUUUUUCCUAUUUCCUUUACAACAAAGAUGCCUUUUCUUUCAUGCAAAAAAUGAAAAUACCAUGUAAAUUGGCUAAGCUGCAGGGCAGGCACAUGUAUUUUCAGUGUUCAUUUGCUGUACCCAAGUCUUGGUCUGCUUCAACUUUGGAUUAAAACACAUAAAAACAA